GGAAACUCUUACAGGGAUUGGCCACUUCAGGGGGCAUAAAUUUGGGCAAAGGAAAGGAUUAUAGAAACCCAGCCUGAAAGCUGUUAGCUCACUGCUGCUCCCAUCCAUCAGCCGGACCCAGACAGCAAGAUUCCGUCUCUGCUCUCCUCCAAGGUCCGGUGACAAAGCCUUCGCGGCGCCACCAUGCGGCAGAAGGCGGUAUCGCUCUUCUUGUGCUACCUGCUACUCUACACCUGCUGCGGCGAGGAGACGGACGAAAGACGACGCUCAAAGGACGACAGCAGCUCCGGGUUAUUGGGCACACUGACCUACAUGGCCGUCGGAGGAGGACUCAUGGCCAUGGCGCUGCCCGCGCUGGGCUUCGCGGGCACCGGCAUCGCCGCCAACUCGAUAGCCGCCUCGCUGAUGAGCUGGUCGGCCGUGGCGAACGGGGGCGGAGUGCCGGCCGGCGGGCUGGUGGCCACGCUGCAGAGCCUGGGGGCUAGCGGUGGCAGCGCCCUCAUGGCCAAGAUUGGGGCCUUUUUGGGCUACACCAUCCACAAUCAACUUGAAAGCCGGAAGGAGACAAAGGACAAGGAGUAGCCAGCAGCUCCCCAGAACUCCUCUUUCCUCCUUCCUCCUUGUCCUCCUUUUUCUAGCUGUAGUCCAGAGCUUCUGCUGUCACACUUGGCAAUGAUCUAAGUUGAGAAAAAAAAACAACACAGAAUAAACUCCUCUCUGAAAGCA